AUGGUAGACCCCAAUUCUUCGCGCGGAGCGUCGCUCUACAGUUUCUUCAUUGCAUAUGCAGCCUUCACCAGUUGCUUCAUCCUAUUCCUACAAACGCUGGACGGUCCGAACCCCCACCAUAGAUCUGAGCCUGAGUACCCGAAACUUCCCAACGAGAGCGGCUACUAUGACGCAGAUCUGGUCUUUACCAUCAUUUUCACCCCGGAACUACUCGUUCGACUCGUCAUUUGGCCAUCUUUGUGGCGCGAACAUGAAUACCUCACCGAGCGACGUCUGAAGCCAUUUCUGCGCGACUUUUUCAACUGGUUCGAUGUCGCUGCCAUCGUCCCAUUCUACAUCGACCUCACCUUCGGUAAGGAGAAGAGCUUCGUCAUCAUGCGACUAUGCCGACUGCUUCCUAUCCGCGCCAGUGUCGCCCCCAUUUCCGUGGCUCUGAUUUUCUUCACAGAAAUUGUGCUCUUCUUCUCUCUUGACAUGUACAUGGUGGAUCCGAGUUACGACCGCAAUAAACCAGGUUUCUCGGAUCUACUAACCACGGGCUACUUUGUAGUGGUCACUGUGGCCACCAUCGGAUACGGAGACAUCACCUCGACGAAAGGCAACGUGGCAAGCCGCUGCUUCGCUGUCAUGACUAUCUUGUCUGGUACGCUCUUCUUCAGCAUGCAGAGAGAGUCAAGAAGUUCCAGCAACUUCAAGCAGGGUGCCUGUGGCGAGGGACUAUAA